UUAGAGCAGUGGUCCCCAACCGCCGGUCCGCGGACCGGUACCGGUCCGCAGGGCAUUUGGUACGGGGCUACACAGAAAUAACUUGCCUUAUUUCCGUUUUAUUUCAGAACACGGAAGAUGUUUUAUUUUGAAAAAUUACCGGAUUCUCCGUUACAUCCGUCUGUGUCACGCUUGACUCAUGUCAAACCACGCUUCUCGGUCACGUGACCGAUGACGCUCAAAAACAAAAUGCUGAAGCCCGCAAAAUGAGUAAAAACGCUGCUUGGAGAUUGCAAAUGACAGCGGCCUUAAAAGUACAUUUGAGACAAGUGGAUUCAAGUUAUGGCUGAAUACUCUGAGAUCGCCACAAUAGCACUGUUGCUAUUUCCGACAUCCUACCUGUGUGAAGUGGGGAGUUACAGAAGAGGAUUAGGGCCAAUGAAGAAAGAAAAAAUAAGGUUGGCAAGAUUCUGACUUUAUUCUCAGAAUUCUGACUUUAAUUAAAGUCAGAAUUCUGACUUUGUGACGUUCGUGGAGCUAUGAAUUGUGGGGGGAACGUCAGCGUGUGGCGUGACUUGAAAGAAAGUACAUCAUGUCGUCACCCAGCGACUUUUUGCGUGGCCGAGGAGUGUCGGAGGACAUCCUUUCACUUUUGGGGGAGCAGAGGAUUGACAGUGAUGUCAUAGCACUGAUGGACGAUGCCACCCUUGCCAAUUAUGUCCCGUGCUAUGGAGACCGUAUAGCACUCUUCAAUUUUUGCAAGACUCAACAGCUCCCAUCCAAAAGAAAAAAUGGACUUUUGGAAAAAUUGCGUGAAAAAAUGAAAAUCAGGAAAGAAAGCGGGAAAGAAGACACUUCCUCAAAGACACAACAAGCAAGACAGACGAAGAGGCAAAAAACAACGAGAAAUGUUGCAAUUGGAUGGAUACACAAUGAUGGAAAAAUAACCAAACAGGUUAGGGAGAAGCAGGGAGGGGGUACCAGAAAACUUCAAAUGUCCACAGAAGCUGGGUUGAAAGAAAUUUUCAAGGAAGGAAAGAAACUAUUUUUCCCCGAUGGAAUUUCUCCUAAAGGAUCUGAAUUGGACUUUCAGUUUGAGGUGUGGGAUUUCAAACAAAACCUCCUAACUGAUGAAACCUGCCAAUCCAUCGGCAAUAUGUAUGAGGCUGCAAAGCUCACGUUGUUGCGCUUUUACAUUGCAACAAGGCCAAAUCGUCCACCAUGAUGGCAGCACAGCGUCCAAAGAAGUAUUGGUUGUGUCACACGAUGCCAGUGACUACAACUCUGAAAUUGAAGAGGUCUCUGUCGAUUCAAAUGAAAUCUACACGCCAUUCGGCAUUUCUGUUGAUUCAGAAAUUACUUUUGGCCCCACAUACAACACGGAGGGAGAUGCAGACAUCACACUUAUCUAUGAUGGUCCACCUGAUCCACAAGAUGUGAUGACAAUAACUGUCCACUACACUGACACAUUGAAUGAUAUGAUCAUAGCAUUCUCUGAAAAUGCAAUCUUAAACAAAUCACUCAAUGUGAAACGCAUACUCCCAGAUAAUACAGAAGAAGCAGGUGUUGGAUCUGGAGUACUGCGGGAUGUUAUCAGCUGCUUCUGGCAGGAAUUCUAUGACCGAUGCACCCUUGGUACAUCAAUUAAAGUACCAUUCAUUCGCCAUGAUUUUCCUGCAGAAAAGUGGAAAGCAGUUGGCAGAAUUCUUUUAAAGGGAUACCAAGAUUGUUGCUACUUCCCAAACAAACUUGCAUUUCCUUUCCUCGAGCAGGUGCUUUUCAACUGUGUCUAUAGUGAUCUAAAAGCCCAUUUUCUGCAGUUUAUGAGCAGCCAAGAAGGUAAAGUUUUGAUGGAAGCAAUGAAGGACUUUUCAGAAGUGGACCUAGAUGAUCUUGUGGAAGUUCUUGACAGCUACGGGUGUAGAAAAAGAAUCUCUGCUGAAACCUUUCCCACAAUACUGCAGGAAAUGGCACACAAAGAGCUUAUCCAAAAGCCCAUGUUUGUGAUUGACUGCUGGAGGGAGGUUACUCUUCACCGUGUCUCCAUCAGUCUUGAAGCACUGAACAAGUUGUGCUCGGACUUGCAACCUACCUCAAAAAAAGUCUGCCAACUGCUGAAAUUUGCAACGGAUUUAACUCCAAAGCAGAUUAUGGAGCAGAGACUCAAAUCAUCCGCCGUGUCGGACCAUUUUGAUGUCCUGGAGAAUAAGGUGAAAUGUCGAAUUUGCCAAGUCAAUUCGCCAACAGAAGCACCUCCACCAUGCUGAGGCAUUAUCGGGCCAAUCAUGAGAAUGAAGUUCGCGAUACACCCGGUAUUACGCCAGGUUCCAGGAAGCAGCUGUACUGGAAGGACCAACACACUUCUUUCCCAAACCUCUCCCACCUCGCAAAGGAGUUCCUUUGUACGCCAGCCUCAUCCGUCCCUUGUGAGCGUGUGUUCUCCACAGCAGGAGAAAUUGCUUGUAAAAGACGCAACAGGCUGAAGUUUAAAACAUUGGAGCAUCUUAUUUUUCUCAAUAAAAAUUGUGAAGUCAAAGCCCACAAGCAUCCUCAUUCAAAUGAUCUUCACAUUAUUUGAACACAUUGAAUGUUGCAAUAUGGAUGUGAAUGAUAUUGUAUACACUUCAUCAUCAAAUCGAUGAAUGACCUUAUGAAAAUGUCCAUGCUGGCAGCUACAUAAUAGAUAAUAAAAGAAAAAUAUCCCAAACCAUAGGGAUCCUCCCAAAAACUAAGGAUGUGCUGAAUAAGAGAUCCUUGUACACAUUAUACUUUUAUUACUUCCAUAUUUGACCUAUUGUGUGGAAAUAUGGGGAAAUGCCAGUAAAACGCACUCCAUUUUAAAACUACAAUACAAAGCAAUCAGAACAAUCACUGGCUCCAAAUAGACGGAACCCACAAAUCCACUGUUUAUCAAAUUAAACAAUGAAAUCUCAUGACCUGGUUGACUUCAAUUAAUGUACAAAGCACACAACAACCUCCUUUGCCAAAACAUCCAGAAGCUUUUUAAAAUUCGAGAAUGUUGUCAUCAUUUAAGGGGUACUAACCUAUACAAAAAAAUCCAAAACACGAACAAACAUCACGCAAAGGAGUGUACCUGUAAUAGGUGUAAAUCUGUGGAAUGAUUCUGAAACGGACCAAUAAAAUGAGUAACUCUCUUGCUGAGAUUAAAAAUGAAUUCGAGAGUAGUACAAGACAACUACACAAAUCAGGAUUAAGCUGAUAAAUUCGAUACACUCAUGAAAUAUAGC